AUGUCAUGUAGUCGAAAAAGCACUUUAAAGGUGCAUAUGCUAAUUCCCAUUGGAGAGAAAGCUCUUAGAUGUGAGUAUGUAAGAAGUCAUUUAAACGGAAGGAUCAAUUUAAACAAGCAUAUGCUUAGUCACACAGGAGAGAAACCUCAUGUGUGUGAAGUAUGUAAGAAAUCCUUUAGUCAGAAGUCUACUUUAAACAGCCAUAUGCUUAUUCACACAGGAGAGAAACCUCAUGUGUGUGAAGUAUGUAAGAAGUCAUUUAGUCAGAAGAGUGUUUUAAACAGCCAUAUGCUUAUUCACACAGGAGAGAAACCUCAUGUGUGUGAAGUAUGUAAGAAGUCAUUUAGUCAGAAGUCUACUUUAAACACCCAUAUGCUUAUUCACACAGGAGAGAAACCUCAUGUGUGUGAAGUAUGUAAGAGGUCAUUCAGUCUGAAGAGCAAGUUAAACGCUCAUGCACUUAUUCAUACAGAAGAGAAACGUCAUGUAUGUGAAGUAUGUAAGAAGUCCUUUUGUCAGAAGUCUUAUUUAAGCCGCCAUAUGCGUAUUCACACAGGAGAGAAGCCUCAUGUGUGUGAAGUAUGUAAAAAGUCGUUUAGUCUGAAGUGUAAUUUAAACACUCAUGCACGUAUUCACACAGGCGAGAAACCUAAUGUGUGUGAAGUAUGCACGAAGUCAUUUAAACAAAAGGGUGAUUUAAAGAAGCACAUGCUUAGUCACAUAGGAGAGAAACCUCAUGUGUGUGAAGUAUGUAAGAAGUCAUUUAAUCAGAAGAGUAGUUUAAACACUCAUAUACGUAUUCACUCGAGAGAGAAGACUUGUGUAUAAAAUAUGGAUAAAUUGAUUUUUAUUAAAGGAUUUUUAAGAUAUGCGUAUCGACAGAAGAGGGAAAUCUGUCAUGUAUAGAAGAAUUCAUUUGGACAGCAGAAUAAUUCGAAAAAAUAUGCGUUGAUCUAAGCAGAAGAGAAGCCUUCUGUCUUUUGAGGAGAUGUUAAAUUAGUAUGUUGUCAUAAUUAAUUGAUGGGAAAAUUCUUGGUAAUAAAAGAGCCAUUUAGUGGCAGAGUUUUAGAUUUAAAAGUAAACUGGGUGCUGCUGAUGCUGUAGAGAAGUUUUUGAAUUGUCAUUUGAUAUAAAUAAAUCAUAAUCUAAUUAUUUUUUUAAAAAAGCAAAAAACUACGUUUAUGCAAGUUUUAUCUCAAUUGCAUUUUUAACUAAUGCUGACUUGAAGCUACAUUUGCUUAUCUAUCCUACCUUAAAGACUCUAAAACUGCUUAUACCGACCUUGAUUGAAAAAGCUGGGAUUGUUGUUUUGUUCAGGAUCUGCCAUGAAGUGUUUUGUGUUUCUUCCACCUUUUCGGAAAUUUGAAUUUUUGACCCUAGAUAUCACUUUUCACAGAUUUUUGUAUCACUCAUAUUCAGUGUUACGUCUGUUACCUAGCAAAAUGCACUGUUGUGAUGAUAUGAUCGUUACCAAUUUGACAUACUUCUGAGAUGCAAUUCUGGAGCAGGGCGAAAUGCUUCAUCCCAUAUGUGUAUUGUAACUUGUAUCUUCUUUGUGCUAAAGACAUUUCAGAGUUUAUCAAUGAAAGCUAUUGAAUUAAUGAUAGAGAUGCCUUUCUUGAACCUGUAAUGAAAUAAUAUAUUAGAUGAUUUCUUUACUGUGUUAAAAUAUUAAAGACCUGCAGUCAAAUUA